GAAGCCCAUAUCUCAACGCCUCGGCACAACGCAGCGAACAUCUCUCUGCUCCGACGCCGUCAGCAGGCCCUUUCUCGCCCCAAACUCCGGCGACGAUCCACACCACGCGCUAGGGUUCUACAGAGAGGCGAUGGCGUUGACCAACUUGAUCCUGACGGUGGUGGGCGUGGGCGCGGCGGUGAUGCUGCUGCGGAAGGACGUGAAGCAGUCGUCCGCCGUCUUCCGCCGCAACAUUCGCCACAUCAAGACCUGGCUCGAGGAGGAGUCCGCCGCCACCACAUCUGCUGAGCGAUCGGUACCCAAGGAGCUGGAGGCCCAGGCUGCCAAGAAGGAUUCCACACCCAAAGUGGACAAGGAUUAGAUGAUUUUACACUGUUUCUAUUCGAUGCAACUGCGGGUUUAGGAUUCACAAGAAGUACUUGUAAAUAGAAGAUGUUUGGUAGGAUCUUCACUCUAAAGAAUAUUGGAAUCAAAUAAUUUGGGCAUGUAUGGAUAGCUGCAUGUGGGUUCUAUAUGUCUUCAGGUUGGUAAUACUGAAACUCUACGGUUAAGAUCAAUCAUCCUCUUGAAUAUAGGUUUUGUCUGGCAGUAAUUUGUCAGCCACUUA